AUGAAGAAGUGCACAUGGCUCCUGCUCGAUCCUGCUCAAGAGCGCCAAUGCUAUAUCCCAACCAGCUAUCGGAGGACACUCCGCAACAAUGUAGGCAGUCACCGUAAAGCACCCCAAUACGACCAUAUGUCAACUAUGGGGCCCCCGCAGACGGCUUUGCUCGCUAGCAUUGGGAAAGUUGAUAGUGAGGCCUUCCAAUUCGGCGAAGCCACCUCUCAGACAAGUUUUCGCAAGACCGUUCGCCUGAGCAUGCUCGGCGUCCACAUUGGCAGAGCCGGUCUCCCUCGUGGAAUAACCCACGCUUUCAUUUGUAAACAAUUGGCGUCUACUACCCACUAUGCACAAAUUAGCGACGGCCUGAAUAGUUAUUCCAUACUGAUUGAGAACCUGACGAUGCAAGCCCCGUUUCCCACAAACGAGCUUUCGGGGAUUGAAAUCCAUAUUCCCAUCUUGUACAAUAUUUUGCGCCAUGUCGAGCGCAGACUCAAGUGUUGA